AUGUCUGUAUUUCAUGAUGAAAUAGAAAUCGAGGAUAUGGAGUAUGAUGAAGAAUCUGAAACGUAUUCCUAUCCUUGUCCGUGUGGUGAUCGAUUCCUAAUUACCAAGGAGGAUUUAUUGUGUGGUGAUGAUAUAGCACGAUGUCCAAGCUGUUCUCUUUACGUGCGUGUUAUCUAUGAUAUGGAAAAUGUACUUCCCAACCUGAAAGAAUCAUCAGCUGAAAUAAUGGUUUCCUAA